AUGGAUAUCGAGAAAAAAUACGUUCGGGAAGCAUACGAACAUUUAGCAUUACUUUCGGCUACUGCCUACUGUCAAAAUGGAAUCCGAAAUACAGUAGUUCGUUGGGUUAAUGUUCAAAAAUUUGUUAAUAAACUCUCGCUGGGCACAAUUGCUAUUGAUAUUGGUUGUGGUGAAGCAAAAUAUCACAAGAGCGAUUGCUAUUUUAUGGAUUGCGAUACAUGUUUAGAAAUGCUUGAGCAACUGCAAUUACCUCCAAUGGUUGAUUUGCAGUUAGCUGAUGUUCGAAGUUUACCAUAUAGAUCGAAUAGUAUUGAUGCUGCUUUAUUAGUAUCCGUUUUACACCAUUUUAUAACGCUCGAUCAGAGAAAACGGGCUCUAACUGAAAUCACACGAUGUUUGCGACCUCGUGGCCAAGUAUUGAUAUAUGUUUGGGCAUUCGAACAACCCAACGGAAAAUUUCCAUCACAGGACGUACUGGUGCCUUGCCAAUUGCAUUGUAGCGAUAAUAUUUCACCUAAUGAUAUUUCUAAACCUAUUCCAGCGAUCAAAUUCCAUAUGAAUUCGACAAGAGAACAGCGUCUAAUAAAGGAUUCUAUGGCCGUGAAAUUUUUGGCAAAGAAUGCAACACAAACUGAGCACACAUCAUUAUUUCAACGCAUCUCUGAAGUAUUUUCAUCCUUCCUCGACAUAUUAUCGCGGCAUAUUCCAUCGAUUAUUUUCGACGGAUGCGCAAUAAUGCACUAUUUGAGCACGCUAAUAUCAUGCAGUCUGCGACGUCAAAUGCGAUACAAAGCGAUUGAACAGUUUUCGUCGGAACUUGCGGAACAUAUCGUUGAAAUGGCUUUAGUGGAAGUAUUAUGCUUUAAACAACAAUAUAAUUUGUAUCGAUAUUAUCACGUUUUUAAAAAAGAUGAAUUGAAAGCUCUUAUAGCAAUGAUACCAUCGCUGCGGCUGGUACACCUAGAUUAUGAACAUGCAAAUUGGUGGGCAAUCGCCGAAAAAGCUGACUCGUUCUCAUAA